AGCCUUCCAGCUCAGCUUCCAAGCAGUCAGUGAGAAACGCGAUGCAUUGCGGGUCACUCUCACUCAGAGUCCGUGUGUCGCACGCGCCACCCAAUGGUCGUGCGUCGUCGCACGAUCCGUGCGUCUGGAAUUCCGACGACGACGGAAGGAAGGAAGUACGUCCGACGCGUAGUUUCCCGCGAAGCACCGGCAGUACUAUAGUAGUAACGCCAAGGGCGGGGACGCGCGGUCCGAUGCAACACAGUACAGUACUACUGUGGGAGUCUAACGCCAGUGCUAGUCGCGUUGAGUGUGGGAGUCUGGCCGCCACGUUAUGGCCGCUCCCUGCCCACCAAAUAAGUCAACCGCUGCACGUGACGCUGCGUCCCCAGAAUCUCCAAGAUCGCCCCCUUCUCGCGCUCGAGCUUCUCGCGCUCAAGCUUAUGAGUUGGCAUGGCGUGGCGCAGCAAUCUCAGCCGUUCGAUGUUCCCUUCUGAACCAUCUACGUCCGUCUGACGAUCCGUCCCGGGGGCCCUUGGUGCCUAGUACGAGUAGAACCUAGCCGCGUCUCGAUCCUCGAGAUAACAGCGACACACUCCGUAGUUGCUCCAUAUCCUUGAGACUCCGUAAUCACUCUGUGAGACUCUGAGUGCUCUCCCACCCGCUUGAGCACAUCGCAAGACCACAAGUCCCUAAGACUCCCGCUCACCCGCAACCUUACAAGCUUCGGAAGGCCACCCACCACUCCGAUCUCUCUCCUCACCGCUCCACCCGCCUCCGCGCUAUUGCAAGGCUCCCUUCCCAAGCAUCCCGACCUCUAGGCUGGAAAGAACCCCGUUUCGCACAUUCCAACCGGCUGCACCCCAAGACCUGCACCGACGGACACGGUCGACGGGGCUCCUCAAGAAGUAAGAGACACAAAGGAAUCCGAGUGAGCAACGGCGCCUGCCAGGCAGUGGUUGGUGUUAAUGGCGGGCAGCCCCUCCGAGUCACUCGGCGCGCUGUUGUGCGCCAUGGAUGACCUCCCCUCCCCGCGCACCAUCAGCUCAUGCGACGCACUGCCCUCCAUACGCUCCUCAUUACAUGCCUCCAUGCACGCCUCGCUGCACGGCUCGUUUCAUUCGCCUCGUGGCUGCGCAAACCCGUCAACAGCAGCAAGGAGUGCAGCGAGGAGUGCACCCCCGUCUACAUCGCUACACUCGCCUUCCACGCAGCUUGCAGGCUGCGCGGAACAUCGGACACACUUCGAGACUGCUCCAAGCACGCCGCUCGCGGGUUUUGCCGCACAUCAGGAGCCACACCACGCGGACAGCACUGCUCGGCUCGGCACUGUACCUGUUACAAGCAUUGAACACGUGGCAAACGAGGCGUGUCUGCUCGUUAAAGAGGACAAAGCGGCUUCUGCCUGUGAUCAGCUCUGCCGAUUAUCUGCAGCAGCACCAGCAGGGGCAGAAAGGGCGUUUUUUUCGACCAAAGUGGCUGCAAGGCUGCAGAUGGUGGGGGAUGACGAGGAGGAGCGGCAGCAGCUGAUCGCCCUCCUGGGGGUGCUGAAGCAGAUUGAGAAGCAGCAGGAGAAGCAGCAGCAACGACACCAGCAGCAGCAGCAGCAGCAGCAGCAGCAGGAAGAGGAAGCAGAGGAGCACGAAUUCCCAGCUCCCUCGGCUCCGCCAGACGCCAGGGAGGGUGUCCUUCCCUUCAACUACGCUCCGAGUUACGGCUCAACCGGCGCGCUGCGACUGGCCGGUGGGAGAGGUGUCCGGGGGCGCAGCAUGGGAGGAAGGGACGAUGGCUGUGACCCCGGUUUUGCUCGGGAGAGGAGCCGCAGUGGUGGCUUCUGUGACCCCGAGUUUGCUCUGAGGGAUGGUGCUGCUGCUGCUGCUGCUACUGCUGCUGCUGGCAUCACCGGGGUGUACAGUAACAUGAGCAGCCUCAUGGGUACAAAUGGCUUCAUCAACAACCUCGUCAGCAGCAGCGGUCGCACCUAUGCCGGUGCGGCGGAUGGUGCUGGGACGAAGCGGAAGAGCCCAGAGGGUCCCACUGGCUGUGUUACAGCUGCUCACGAGUGGUGUGCUACAGCUGCUCACAUCCCAGACGGCCACACGCCUCAGCUGCAUGCUGCAGAUGGCUGCUACAGCCGGAGCAGGCUCCAGCCAGCCAGAGCUACAGUCAUGCAAUUCAACCGCGCCUCUGCUACAGAUUCGCUGGUGCCUGCUUGGGUGGCCAAUCCGAGCCCUGUGCUAGGAUGUGUGCUGGACGGCACACGCAACAUAUGGCAGAGCACGGAUGUAGCAGAUGUAGCAGAUGUAGCGCCAGCACACGACUUUGACUCCUGGUUCCGCGUCAACACUGGCCCAACACACGGCAGCAGCGCCUUGACGGCACGGCGGCAUGUGCAGUCCCAGAUGCAACGGGUGCAGCAGCAGCAGCAGCAGUGGAGUGAGCAAGCCUUCCAGCAUGCCCAGCACCAGUGGUCACCUGACGCCAGAAACCAGCGUUUUCCAUGCAGUGGAGGCUCAGAGGCCACACGCAGGCUGCGCGGUGCCACAACGGGCGGUGCAACAACUGGUGGUGCAACGAGCAGCAGCAGCAAUGGGCAAGAGGGUGUGCCAAACGGCGAAGACGGCACGGCUCAGUGGCCCACUCACAGUGAUGCCAAGGAGUUUGGUUUUGAGGAGCCUCAACAGCAGCCCGAGUGUGCGGGUGCCGAGGAAAUCGAUUGCACAGACGCCCAGGAGGAUGCUUUUGAGGUGCCUCAAACGCCCCGGAACCAGUGCUCGGAUGGUCAGGAGGUUCAGUGCGCGAGUGCAGGCGACUGGCAGAUAGGGGACGGGCGCGGGGUGAGAAGCAAGGGCGCGAUGGAAGACCAGUGCCGGAUGCAAGACGAGUUUGGGACGGAAGGCGAAUGGCUGGCGGCAGGCCAGGGCACCAGGAGUGGUUCGGCUUCGCCGAACCAGAGGUUCAGGAGCAGGAAUGGUUCGGAUGUGCCAGGCCAGGCGAUCAAGAGCAGGAGUGGUUCGGACAAGCCGAGGCAGAGGGUGACGAGGCGGAGUAUGGCGGAGCGGCGGAGGAGGGAGAGGAUAAGCGAGGGGCUGCAGAGGCUGAGGGUGAGGGUGAGGGGGCGGGGCGACACGUGCGCCAUGUUGGACAGAGCCGUGAAGUACGUUGAUACGCUGGAGCGACGUGUGAUGGAACUCGAGCUGGUUGCGCUAGCUGCUGGUGGUGGUGCUAGGACUAAACCUUUUGCCGGCAACGCUUUUGCUGCUGGUAACGUUUUUGCUGGUCAUGCAUUUGUCAACAACCCGACUGCGCUGACCUCGAUUCCUGUGGGCCUCGGGAGUGAUGCUGCUGCCUUCCUGGCAGCUGCUGGACGGCCCUCUGGCCUGUGAGGGAGAGGGGAAGGGGGAGGGGGAGGGAGAAGGGGGGAGGGGGGGGGGACACGUGCGCCAUGGUGGACAGCCAUGAAGUACGUCGAUGUGCUGGAAAGACGUGUGGGGGAGCUCGAGAUGGUUGCGCUGGCUGGUGGUGGUGCUGCUGCUGGUACUGCUGGUGCUGCUGGGACUGGGAGUAACGUUUUUGCCUGCAGUGUGUUUGCCAGGAGGAAUGUUUUUUGCCGGCAGCUCAAGUUUUGAGGUCGCUUUUUCGGAAUAAUGCCUUUGCUAGCCGCGUUAUUUCCAACAACCCCACUGAACUGACCUCAAUUCUGGCAUUGGGCUUAGGAUUUAGGGUGAACAAACUAUCAGAAUUGAAAAUUGAAUAGAUGGUAAAGUGAGAGUACACACAA